UUAACUAUAGAGAAAAUAGUUGGAGUAGAAAUCGCACACUUCAACUGGGAGCCGGGAAGAUGUCAGCAGUGGCUGUCCACCUCUCCUUCACCCUCCUCCAUCCGCAUUCCACAAAACCCAAUUAUCCGAUUUUCAGGUCUCGUUCUCCUUCAACCAAAAUCACUCUGGGCCUUGUGUUUUCCUCUCAUUCUUCAAUUUCAAGAAAUGGACAAGGUGCUUUUGAUCCCGAGCUUAGGCCAGUGCUUGAACUGGCAACUGACUCUGAGUUGUUUGAACUUGAGAGGAUCCUUUUUGGCCCCAGCUACUUCAGUCCUUUGUUAAAAUCAAUAUCAAGGAGAGCUGAUGUUGACUAUGCCAUGAUUGAAGAAGACCUUGAAGAGCGAGAAGAUUUUAUUUCUAGUCUCGAGUCGAGGUUCUUAUUCCUUGCAGCUGAUGCUCGGUCUACAUUAAGGGGUUGGAGGCCUUCUUAUAGAAAUGUCCUGCUUGGUGUGCGAAAAAAAUUAAAUGUCCCUUGUUCAAGCAAAUUGUCAACUGAAGACCUAGAAGUAGAGAUUUUUCUUCAUCUAUUGCAGGACUACUCAAGUGAAGAAUCAGGAGCUCUUUCUAAAUCAUGGGAAAACUCUAAGGCUUCUACUAGUCAUGGUAAUCUAGAAUUUGGACUCAGUCAAUGGAAGGUGCAGGCUGUUGCUGCUUUGGGAGCUGGAGCAAGUGAACUCCGGUCAAUAAUUUUGAAGGGUGGCAGUAUGCUUACACUGGGAAAGAUAUAUCAUUUAUUAGCAAGGAGAUUAUCUGGGAAGCUCUUCUUGGAAGCUGCCAACUAUCAGAUAAAAAAUGAAGUUAUCAAAAAGGGAGGACAAUUAGCAGCUAUUAACCUGGAGUCCCGUGCAGCCUUGCUUGCAGCAAAACAGGGUUUUGCAGGUGCUGCAUCCAGAUACCUAGGAUUGAGGAGCACAAUCGCAUUAUUUGGCCCAGUGCUGUGGGGAACAUUUUUGGCAGAUGUUGUCAUUCAAAUGCUUGGAACUGAUUAUGCUAGAAUCCUUCGUGCAAUUUAUGCAUUUGCUCAGAUCCGUAUUACCCGCACAUAUAGGUUGCCAUCAGAUGGUGAUCGAGAAUUUUAUUGCUGAUCAAGAGCUUCACUUGGUUCUUAAAUUUUAAUGACACUUAAGGUUUGAAAAUGAGAUAUGUGGGUCAGACCUAGGUUUGUGUCUCUUGCAUCGACAAAUAUCCCAAAGCUUCGAUGAAGGUAAAAGUCCCGUCUACAUCUGUGGUUUUCUUUUAGGGCUUUUAGUUUUUUUAAAGCUUAUAGCAGUUAGCUAUCCCUGCCAGAACCAUCUUUGGCUUGUGUUGAUAUUGUAGAAUGAGACACUUAGAUAAUAUUUGUUUAGACUCUAGUUUUUUACUCUUUUGUUUUAUAUGUUAAUUUGUAUAUUUUUGUCUCUUAGAUGUUACAUAAAAAAAAUCAUUGAAUUAUUAGAAGAAAUUUUUCUUUCAAA